CAUACAAUUAAUUCAUUUGAUAUAUAUAUAUAUAAAUAAAAGAAUGCCAGACAAGAAUGCCUUUCAUGAUGCCUCGGGUGCAAUGGCUGAAAGUACCAUAAGAAUAAAAGAUCUUCAUGAAGCAGAAAAGAAACUCGUUCUUUUGGUAGAAACAGCAGGAGAUGCACUCGCAGUACUUUCAGACGAAGAAAUAAACGAUAACAGCGCCGAUCAGGCUCAUCGUGAACGAAUCGCUGCAUUCCAAGAUCUAGCCAGUCGUUAUUUUUCUCUAAUCAAUGAUGUACAGCUCUCUCUUCGAAGCCACACACAUUACCUUGCAAAGACUGGAAGCAUUGCACCCAGUACAAGUAAAAGCAUACCUUUCAAAGCUUCUGUAGCCGGACAGCAAAAGGAAUUAGAGAUCUGGACAGCAGCUCUCGGAAUUAUUAAUCAUCGUGUCCAAGAAAUCAAGUCGAUUGCUCAAGGACAACAAUUAGAGUCAGAAACACAAUCUUUCUGAUGUACAUAAACACUUGUUUGUAUAUUUAUUAUACUGUACUAUCUUAUUUUAUUUUAUAUUAAUUAGCAGGUCUAUUGGCUAAUUACCAAACAGGAGGAAAAUAAGCACAAGACAACCUCUCCAUUACAAUACAAUUGCUAUUACAUUUCAUUACUAUC